AUGUUACGGUCGAUAUUGCCCUCGCUGCUGCUGGCCGCAGCAGCCUGGGCCAAGGCGCCUUCACUCCAGGUUCACGACGAUACCUUCAUUCCAGAUGCCGUCCUACGAGUGACCGAGGGCCCCACAAGCAUAGGAUGUAUCCAAAGAGACUCGGUCGUCGUCAACGGGACGGUACCGGGCCCGCAGCUAUCAUUCGUCUCGGGCAGUGUCGUGUGGAUCCGUGUCUACAAUGACAUGCCCAAUGAGAAUCUCACAAUGCAUUGGCACGGUCUGACCAUGGCAACUGCCCCAUUUUCCGACGGGAGCCCAGCUGCGAGUCAGUGGGCCAUUGCGCCUCUGAAGUUCUUCGACUACGAAAUCAACCUGGCCGACAUCAAGCCGGGAACGUACUUCUACCAUUCCCACGUCGGCUUCCAAGCCAUCACUGCCACGGGGUCUUUGAUCAUCACCGACAAGCCGGGCGAGUCACCGCCUUAUGAAUACGACGACGAGCGAGACCUUGUAUUCACCGACCUGUACAACACCACGGACCAUGAUAUGGAAGGUGGGCUUGGCGCGAACCCAUUCAAGUGGACCGGCGAGGUCGGCGGCGUUCUCAUCAACGGCCACGGCAUCUCGUCGUACACCUCGACCAACGACGACGACAGCUGCAGCCUGGCGCGGAUUUCGGUCGAUCCGGGAAAGACGUACCGCCUACGGCUCAUUGGCGCGACCGCUCUCUCUUUCUUUACCAUGGCCAUUGAGGACCACAACCUAACCAUCAUCGAGGCCGACGGCGCCUACACGGAGCCUGUAGACGUGUCCUUUGUCCAAGUUGGCAAUGGCCAGCGCUAUUCGGCACUCCUCAAGACGUGGACUUGCGACCAGCUCGCCGGAAAUGCUGCCCGCGGCCGCCACCAAUUCUAUCUUCAGCUCGAGACGCGCGACCGUCCGAGCAGCCUGACGACCUAUGCCGUCCUGGAUUAUGGUACUGCCUGUGGAGGCCCCCCGUCCUAUGCGUCCCGCCAGAUUGGUGGCAACUGGCAUGGCAACAGCAACAAGUACGGCGGUGGCGGCGGUGGCGGCGGCGACGGCGGCAACAACUACGGAAGCACCAACAGCAGCAACAACUUCGGCCCGCUCUCGACAAAGACGCCGCCGAAGACGCCUCCAAUGCAGCUGCCACCGACGGUCCAAGGCUGGCUGGACGACGAGCUCCAUCCCCUGACGCCGCGGCCGGACUUCCCCACGGCGGACGAAGUGACGCGGACGGUGGUCAUGGACAUCUACCAGCUCAACAACGGCGGGCGGAUCCAGUGGACGCAGAACGACAUCUCGUGGUACGAGGAAACUCCGCGGGUGCCCUACCUCGUCGCGCUCUACACCAACAGCAGCCAAUGGCUGCCCGACUACGAGACGGCCGUGGCCAGCGGCACGGGACGCGACGCGCGGGUGGCGGCGUGGCCGGCCAAGAUGGGCGAGGUGCUCGAGAUCGUCAUCCAGAACACGGGCAGCUACUCGGGUGGCGUCGACAGCCAUCCAAUGCACUUCCACGGCGCCCACUAUUUUUACCUGGGCAGCGGGCCCGGCACGUACGACAGAGCGGCCAACGAGGCCAGGCUGGCCGGCCGCACGCCGGUGACGAGGGACACGACGAUGCUGUACCGGUACAGCGAGAAGGAGGAGCCGAAGAAGGAUCACAGCUGGGUAGCGUGGAGGAUCAGGGUGGAGCAACCGGGUGUGUGGAUGCUGCAUUGCCACAUCCUGCAGCAUAUGAUCAUGGGUAUGCAAACGGCGUGGGUGUUUGGCAACUCCUCGGACAUCCUUACGCUGCCGCUGCCCAUGGUCGAAGGAUACCUGGUGUACGGCGGCAACGUGCUUGGAGAUGACGACAAUCCACCUAGCGUGGUUCAUUUCUUCGAUAACGAUAACGAGAAUUAA